AUGGGCCCAAAGACCAAGAGAAGUGCUAAGCCAUCCGAACCGGCCGUUGAUGCCGUCGCAGUUGAUUCUCCAUCACCAGCUCCCGAGCCGGUUGAGGAGCCAGAAGUCGAGGAACCAGUUACCGAGAAACCAGCUGCUCCAUCUUCUUCUUCGUCUCCAGCCAAGAAGCAAGUCGUCGUGACCAAGUCUGGCCGCGCUGUCCGUGCUGCCAAGAAACCGUCAGGCGUCGAGUCGGACAACGAGAAGGAAGAGGAUCCGGAGUACGAAGCUGACGAAGAAGAUGAUGACAGCGGUUCGAACUCCAAGAAGGGACGUGCUGGAAAGCGUUCCUACGAUGACGACGAUGACUAUGGAUCUGCCAAGAAGGUUGUCAAGAAGGCACCAGCAAAGAAGGCCAAGCCAACCAGAGCUUCGGCUCGCAAAACAGCUUCCAAGGCUCAAAGUGAUUCGGAUGAUGACGAGAAGAAACAGAGUGACUCCGACGCCGAAUCUUCCGACGGAGAAGCUCGCACAAAGAAGCGUGCUCUACCAAAUGGCCGUACUCGCAUGAGUGGAGCUCCUCCAUCAGCUCGUCUUGCUGCUUCAAAGAAAAAAAACGACGAUUCCGAUUAA